AUUGCUCCGACGCCCAGAACUGUAACUUCCGGUGCGUUAGGUCUCAUACAGAAGAAAAAGGAAAGAAACAAAUUAGAAAAAAGAAAAGAAAAGAAAAGAAAAGAAACGAAAGAAAGAACAGAGAAGAAAAUACUCUGUGCUACUACUACUCUUCAAAAAUUUGAUUUUUCAUCUUCAGAUUCUUCUUUCUUUUUCGUUCAAUUCACGUUCUUAAUUGCCGGAAACCAUGAGUUUUCUGUUGAGUUUCUAGUGAUUUCACUCUCAUGCAUGAUCGGAGUAGCUACUGUUCCUUUCCGAAUUACCUCCAAUCAUGACUGUCUUCGAAGGUUUUGGCGUCUUCCAGUUCGUUUUGUAGCAUCUAGGAGCCAGGUAACAAAAGCAACAACGGCUUCACCAUUUAGAAAUUUUUAUAUCCCUAACAAUGAAAGGAGGUUUUCGUUUUACCCGUUGCUCGUUAGAGAGGAUUUGAAGCAGCGGUAGCUGCUCAGGUCCGUUGAUGGAUCCCAACUCCUCAGGAGAAGACUUGGUUUUUAAGACCAGGAAGCCAUAUACUAUUACAAAGCAACGAGAGCGCUGGACGGAGGAGGAGCACAAUAGAUUUCUAGAGGCGCUGAAGCUCUAUGGGCGAGCAUGGCAGAGAAUUGAAGAACAUAUUGGAACCAAAACUGCAGUCCAGAUACGAAGUCAUGCGCAAAAGUUCUUUUCAAAGUUGGAAAAAGAAGCACUUGUUAAAGGGAUUCCUGUAGGACAAACUCUCGAUAUAGAUAUUCCACCACCUCGGCCCAAGAGAAAACCAAGCAAUCCUUAUCCAAGGAAAACUCCUAUAUCAAAGUUGGGUGCAAAUGACGGGAAGCUCUUGACUUUGGUGUCUUCUUCACAGAGCAAACAAAUCUUGGAUUUGGAGAAGGAGCCACUGAACGAGGCCACUAGUGGAGAAGAACAGGCAACUAAUGAAAAGGAUACUCAUGACGAUAAUUACUCAGAAGUACUUACCCUAUCACGAGAGGGCAACUUCUUUUCGUGGAAAAACACAGAUUGUGUACCUGCGCAAGUUAAACUAAAUGACUCGUGUGCUUUCAGGGAGUUUGUGCCUUCAUUCAAAGAGCCACUCCAUGAUAAAGGCACGGGCAAAGCUUUAGAAUUGGAGAUUUCAAGCACUUCACAAGAAAAAUCUGUGCCUGCUGAAAAGAAAGAAGCUUUAAGCUGCGUACUGUCCGGAGAUGAAAUGCAAGCUGCUCAUAAUUAUCCAAGGCAUGUGCCUGUGCAUGUGGUAGAUGGAAGCUUAGGAGCAAAUGUUCAAGGGUCAGUAACCGAUGCUCCACUGCUGGAAUCGACUUUUCAUCCAGCAAUGGAGGUUCAAAGAGAGCAUAAUAUACUUGGGAAUCCAUCUGAUUCUGUUUCCUUUGAACAUCAAAAUAAUGCACCUAGGUGCAUUUAUCAAUCGUUUCCAACUAUUCAUCCUCCUCCAUUUACCUUACUUCGCCCUAACCAAGAAAAUUACAAGUCACUUCUCCACAUGUCCUCCUCAUUUUCAAGUCUGGUUGUGUCUACCCUUCAACAAAACCCAGCAGCCCAUGCAAUAGCAAGCUUGACAGCAUCAUGUUGGCCCUAUGUGAAUCCUGAAACUUCUGUAGAUUCUCCCGCGUGUGAUAAGGAAGGUUUUAGAACCAAGCAAAUGAAUCCCACCCCUAGUAUGGAAGCCAUUGCUGCAGCAACUGUAGCAGCUGCAACUGCAUGGUGGGCGGCCCAUGGACUGCUACCUUUAUGUGCUCCUUUUCAUUCUACCUUUACUAAUGCCGCUAUAUCAGCUCCUGUGGUACAAUCAUCAGAUACCUGUCGAAAUCCUGAGUCCAAGGACAAAGCAGAAAGUUCCCAACAAAAUGCUGCUUUGCAAAAUCAACAGCUGGAUGCAGAACAAUCAGAAGCUUUAACUGCUCAACAUUCAGGUUCCAAGUUACCUACUCAUUCAUCAUCUGAUUCUGAGGGUAGUGGAGGUGCAAAUGCAAAUGAUACAGUGAAACCUGCCCAUGACGAGAAGACCCCUGCUGAGGUUGAGUUUCAUGAUUCAAACAAAGGGAAGAGGGGAAAACAAGUAGAUCGUUCUUCAUGUGGUUCAAAUACACCAUCUGGAAGUGAUCAAGAGAUAGAUGCAACAGAAAAUAACGAUAAAGAAGAAAAAGAGGAGGAAAAAGAUCUUGAGAUGAAUCGUCCAGCCGUCGAGUCUAGUAAUCGUCGCAGUAGAAGUAUCAGUAACACAAGUGAAUCUUGGAAGGAGGUUUCUGAUGAGGUAAAAAGGGGGCGACUGGCUUUUCAAGCACUCUUCACUCGUGAUGUAUUGCCUCAAAGCUUUUCACCUCCCUAUGAUGUAGAAAAUGAGAAUAAGGCAAAUGAGAACGUCGAGAAAGAUAGUCAUAUUGUAGGUAAAGAUAGUGGUGGCUCAGUUUUGGACCUUAACAGCAAGACUUGUGGAUCUUCUAGUCAUCAAGGUACGGAGAGAGAUACAUCAGCAAUAGGUGUCAGCAAUGGAGAGGGAGAAUUUCUCACAAUUGGACUAGGAAAUGGUACCCCGAAGGGUUGUCGAACUGGAUUCAAACCUUAUAAAAGAUGUUCAGUGGAAGCAAAGGAAAAAAGAAUGACAACAUCCAGCAACCACUGUGAGGAGGGAGGUCAAAAAAGACUACGCCUGGAGCAGAAUGCUACAAUUUGACAGUUGAUUCACAUGCAAACGAGCAAAGGAAACCUUUGUCUGCUGCAUGUAUAUCUAACCUUCCUCAUCGAUCUAUCUUUCCUACUUUAAUUCUUCACGUGUGUACUAUAAAAUGCCUACAUUAUGUGAUUGGUACAUUCGAACUUAUACAACUGAACUGAAGAUUACCCUAAAUUAGCCUUUUUGUAAGAAUUGUUCAGUACCCAGUUGCCAUUAUCUUGCUACCCCUUCUAUAGGCUUUAGUCUCUUUAUGAAGACGGUACAAACUUAGCAUGUUGUCUAAUGCAUGUUCCAGUAUCUAGGAACCUAAAGUCAAAUCUGUUAAUCGUGUAGAAACUAUUAAAGCAAUGAAAACAUUCCUUCGGUGUGGCUGCUGAUGAUAA